AUGAAAAGAUGUCCUCCUGGGAAAAUGUGUCCAAGGCUACAUAAGACGACGAGUGUAAAUCAGAGACUUGUCCGCUCGAGUUUCUCGCAGUCCGUCGACUCUCGUUGCUUACAAUCCAAGGCAACGGCAUCUACCACUCCAUCACGUUUUCGUAUUGUUCCGCUCGAAAGCAAAUACAAACGAGGUCGAUGGAACUGUUUCGACUACUAUGAUAAGGACACGGUGUCAAAGCCACCAAAAGCACGUGCUCCUGAUACCGCUGCGACUCGGCAAACAUCGUCGAGCCAAAGCCGGUCUGUUCGUUCAUUGAACAGUGACUAUCCGCUUCAAGGAACGGCGCACUGUGGCAAACCAACAAUUCCUUUCGACGGCUCAAGCGAAAGUGAUCGGGAGAACAACGAAGUUUUCGCCAGGUCAACGCCUGCGUUCUCGAGAACG